CCGUUCUUACGGACGUUGCCCUAUAUUGCGCGAGAAGGUCUUUGUUCAUACAUCCGGUUUGGUACAUGUAACGUUUAGAAGCACCACACCCCCACUUUCACUUGUUCGGUACAACAACCUCCUUGGGUGCACACCGAAUCAUGUCAUCCGACAUCACCCUGUACUGGGGGUCUGGCAGUGUCCCGUGCUGGCGGCCCAUGAUCUGUCUGGAGGAAAAGGGUCUAUCCGGCUACAACAGCAAGCUGGUCUCAUUCGAGAAGAAAGAGCACAAGUCGGACGAAAUCAUGAAGAUCAACCCACGCGGACAGGUCCCUACCUUCAAGCACGGAGAUGUAGUUGUGAACGAGUCCAUGGCCAUAUGUCUGUAUCUGGAGAACACCUUCAAGAACCAGGGAACCAAGCUCCUCCCAGAUGACCCUUCCCAGCAAGCACUGGUGCUGCAGAGGUUCAUGGAGACACAGAACAUCAUGGACAAGAACAACGCUCUUGUCUAUUACAAGUUCCGAACAAAACAAGAGGACUGGGAUCAGGGAUUUAUUGCAGAGAAAUCCAAGGCUUUGGCUGAAGAGUUACCAUUGUGGGAAAAGUAUCUGUCCCAGGGUGGAGAAGGAUCUUUCAUUGCUGGGAAGGACUUCACCCUCGCUGAUGCAGCGUUGAUUCCAGCACUUGCCUACCUUGUACGGAUGAAACUACCAAUGAAGGAACGUUUUCCUCAUCUGGCCAGCUACUAUGAAAGGAUGAAGGACCGUCCCUCAGUGCAGUCAGGAUGGCCCCCUCACUGGAAGGACACACCUGGGUAUGACUAUCUGAAGGAUGUGUGAUGGGACUGUCUCACAACCACGCCAUCAGCUGUCAUCGAGGCUGUCAUCAACUGGCUCAAUCUAUCUCAAGGAAAAUUAAUAGGAGAAUAAAAAAAUAAAAAAGCUUGCUAUUC